AUGGAACACUGCCACGAUGAACACUCGGCACAUGGUGGUCAUAACAGCCAUAUUCAUGACCAUGACCAUGAAGUAGAGGAUGCUAAUGGAGACUCACUCUACCCGUUCAUUGACACUAGUAAAUUACGAGUACUCAAUGCACUUGACCCACAAGCAGUUGCAAACCCAUUCAAGCCUUUUCACGAACGUCAGGACCGUUCGCGCUUCUUGGGAAGCAAUGAAGAUGAUCCAGAGAUGAUAUUAUUUAUCCCCUUUACCGAGGCUGUGAGCAUCAAAUCUAUCUGCAUUUCAGGCAGUGCAGGCGAUGGCACGCAUCCGAAAGUCGUCAAACUGUUCACGAAUCGAGACGAUAUCGACUUUUCCAACGCAAAUGAGCUGCCUGCACAACAGAAAUUGGAUCUGAUCGAGGAUGACUCGGCAAAUAUUGACUACCCGCUUCAAGUCCGUAAGUUUCAAGGUGUUUGCAAUGUGACGCUAUUUCUUCAGGACAGCUAUGGAGGUGAUGAAACAAAAGUCUAUUAUAUUGGGCUCAAGGGAGAAAGCAAGAAGUGGCGUCAUGGUGUGGUUGAGUGCGUGUACGAGGCCCGUCCGCAACCGACCGAUUACAAAGUUAAGGAUACGAUUGGAUCAACAUCGCUCAUUUAA